AUAAAGCCUGCUCAUUGCUGGCUGAUGAAUGUAAAUCUUAUCCACAAAACUAGUGGAUGAAACUUCGUUGGCUCAAUAGGAAAAAAACAAAACCUGAGGUCCUUUAAAACCAGUUCUCCUAUGAAAGUGUUGAAGACCCAGAAGCCAAAUUCAGAGUAUUCAGUCAUGGCAGCGACUUCCUCUUACACUGCCUGCACAAAAUUCCACAAGUUGGGUUGGACUGAAGGGAAAACAGUUCUCAGAAAGAGAAGGCUUCUUCCCGUCUCAGCUCAACAGCGAGCUCAAGUACAAGAAUCAGAGGGACCAAAUAUGGCGGAAGAGAAAGAAAAAGUGAAACAGACACAACCAAGACCAGUCGAACCACAGGUGAACGUGAAGAACAGAAACAUAACCAGAGAAUAUGGAGGGCAGUGGCUUAGCAGCGUCACCAGGCAUGUCAGGAUAUACGCUGCCUAUAUUGAUCCAGAGACCUCUGCGUUCGACCAAACGCAGACAGAUAAGCUCACCCUUAUACUUGACCCUACUGAUGAGUUUGUCUGGACUCCUGAAACCUGCAACAAAGUUUAUUCAUACUUCCAGGAGCUUGUGGAUCACUAUGAGGGAGCUCCACUGACAGAAUAUACACUUCGUCUGAUUGGCUCAGACAUAGAACACUACAUAAGGAAGUUGCUAUAUGAUGGGGAAAUUAAGUACAACAUGAAUGCAAGGGUACUCAACUUUAGCAUGGGAAAGCCUCGCAUUCUGUUCAAUAACAAUGAUGGCCAGCUUCAAGAUGAGCAGUGAUGAGAUUCCAAAACACUGGCUGGUAAAAAGAAGAUUUAUCCAAAAUGCUGCUUUCGGCAGAAGAUCUUCCACCAUUAAAGGCUAGAUCUCUGGUAGUGAAAGCAGAUGCAUGCAUUUGUUGCCAAUGAAGACUAUAAGGUAGCAACUGGUUGCUAUGGCUGCAUUUAUCGCUUUGCUUGCUUUUUGAUCUUUGAGAUUUGUGAUGUCAGUUUGAUAGAAGAACUUGAGAUAUUACAUGCCUCCAAAAAUGAUGAGUCUAACCAAGGCUUGAAUUGAUCUUCCAAAGGAAUAUUCUGAGAAAAAAAUAUACCAAUUAUGUAGUG